AUGUGGAGGUUGGACCUCCGUGGCUUUGAUAGUUGGCAGCUGCGGAAAAAUGCCAAGAUCUGGUGCAUCCACAACAAUGUCCACUUGUGGAAGAAGGAGUUGGGACCGCUUCUGCAGAAGCAGUUCUCAUGGGCCCGACAUCUGCUGUUGCUGAAUUGGGUCGGUGUCACGCAGGCGCCCUGCAAUAGCCCCAAUCGCAUUUGCUCCUCCAAGCUCGACACACAUGGAACCAUGAGCGCGCUGGAGCACCACCUGAAACGCUGGCGCUUGAGCAGCAAUGUCCAAAACUUGGCUGAGGACUUCUUGGUGAGGCAUCCUGAGCUGGGGUGGACCUACAAUGCGGUCCAGUUGCGCGCAGAGAUGGUGCUGAACUAUCGCUACCUCAGUCCCACAUGCAACGAUACUGGAGUCUAUCAAUGGUUUCAGACCUUGAGGUCUCAAAUUAGCACAUGGAAUGGCACAUGGUUCCGUGCCAAAGAUCUCAAGAAAGGUGGCUCCAGGACCUUGAAAAGAUACGACAACGAGAGCAUGCAGCGUCUGGUGGAGCUGGAGAGAGAUCUGUGGCGUGACUCGCCUGUCACCUUCAUUGAGAAUGAAUGUGAAGGACUGCCCGACGUCAUGUGCUUGCUCGUAGAUGUGGCCCUCCUCUCCCGCGCCGAGCGCCUCUACUUGUGGGGCUCCUCUGGCGGGGUGGAUCUCUGGUGUCGCAUUGAGCGGGAGCGCCUGAAUUUGCCAAGCCGCCAUGUCUUCCGCAGCAUGCUAGCGCCACAGGGCUGCUAG